AUUGGAAAGGCUUUUACGUUGUUCGUGUUUUAAGUGAAUCUUAAGUGGGACAUUUUAGAGUUCUCUAUGUUCGUUCAUUGUACUUUCUUCUAAUUCUUUUCUCUCUUUCUCUCUUAUUUUUUUUUUUCCCCCAUGCGAUUAGAUCUAAAUUAUGUCCUCGUAUACGUUUGGGCAAAAAUCUUUCAAGCCAGUGCCACCCGAAAAGGGUAGUUUUCCUCUCGAUCAUGAAGGCUUCUGCAAACAAGUAAUGAUCGACUAUCUUAGAUGUCUAUUAGAACAUAAUAAUCAAAAUACAAUGUGCAGACAUAUUGCCAAGGAUUAUCUCGAUUGUCGAAUGGAUAAAAAUCUUAUGGCGCGUGAAGAUUGGUCGAAAUUAGGUUUUACCGAUGAAGUAAAAAAAACGUAACAGUUUCACGAAUAUUUGCUUGA